AUGAGUAUUAAACAUGAAAUCACACACUAUUCUCAAAAACAAAACCAACACUGCAACAAAUACCAAAAUUCUCAAUCUUGUGCUACAACAACAGACCCCAGUUGGUCUUCCCUUAUAAGAAAACACAUCUCUCAGGGAUCACACACAGAAGCCUUUGUUUUAUACAAUCAAAUCCGAAGCAAAGGAAUCUACUUUUUGGGUUUACUUCCUGCGGUCCUUAAAGCUUGCACUUCUUCUAUUUCCAUGCUAAAUUGUGGGAAAUCUUUGCACAGUGAAGCAAUAAAGCAUGGAGUGGAUUCUAAUGUACAAAUUGGGACAUCAUUGGUUUCAAUGUAUGCAAAAUGUGGUGAUAUAUUCGAUUCGCGUAAACUGUUUGAGUAUAUGCCUGAGAGAAAUGUUGUGACGUGGAAUGCCAUGAUUAGUGGGUAUGUUAAGGUUGGGGACAUGAAAUCAGCAUCAGUUUUGUUUGACAAAAUGUCGACGAGUAAUGCAGUUUCUUGGAUUCAAAUGAUAGAUGGGUUUGCUAGAAGUGGAGAUAUGGUUACUGCUAGGCGUAUCUUUAAUAAGGUACCAUUUGAAUUGAAAAAUGUGGUCACUUGGACUGUGAUAAUUGAUGGCUACGCGAGCAAAGGAGAGAUGGAAGCUGCAAGGUUGCUUUUUGAAGAGAUGCCAGAGAGGAAUUUCUUUGCCUGGUCGUCCAUGAUUUCAGGGUAUUGUAAGAUAGGUAAUGUCAAGGAGGCAAGGGCUGUUUUUGAUCAAGUUCCUGGUAGUAAUUUGGUGAUUUGGAAUUCUUUGAUCUGUGGUUACACGAAGAAUGGGUUUUGUGAGGAAGCUUUGGAUGCAUUUGGGAAGAUGCAAAAUGAGGGUUAUGAGCCUGAUGAAGUCACAGUUGUCGGUGUUUUAUCUGCUUGUGCUCAGUUGGGUCUAUUAUAUGUUGGUAAAGAUGUCCAUAAGAUGAUAUAUACUAAAGGGAUGAAGCUUAAUGAGUUUGUUGUGAAUGCAUUAGUGGAUAUGUAUGCAAAAUGUGGGGAUUUAACUGAUGCACGAUUGAUCUUUGAACGGAUGACCAAUAAAAAUAAUGCCUGCUGGAAUUCUAUGAUAUCAGGUUUUGCCAUUCAUGGACAAAGCAAAGAGGCUCUAGAGUUCUUCAGGAGAAUGGAAGAGUCAAAUGAGAAGCCUGAUGAGAUAACAUUUCUGUCUGUUCUCUCGGCUUGUGUGCAUGGAGGGUUUGUAGAUGAUGGUUUGGAGAUUUUUUCUAAGAUGGAGAAAUAUGGGUUGUCAGCAAGUAUCAAGCACUAUGGCUGUCUGGUGGAUCUUUUGGGACGAGCAGGAAGAAUACAGGAUGCUUAUUGUUUGAUCAAGAGAAUGCCAAUGAAACCAAACGAUACAGUCUGGGGUGCUUUCCUAGGAGCUUGUCGAAUUCAUUUGGAUACUGAUGUAGUAGAGCAGGUGAUGAACGAUGUUUGCUCACCGGGUUCUGAUAUUGAUUCUGGAAAUGAUCCUUAUUAUUCUCUGCUGCUGAACAUUUAUGCUAGUUCUGGUAGCUGGGAGAGGGCUGGAAGGAUAAGUAUGGGCAUCGUGAAUAGAGGGCUCCCAAAGACUUCUGGACGCAGUUCAAUUAUGCUUGAAAGUACAGAACAACAGUUUCAUGUCUGA